CAAAAACGAAGUUCAAGAUCUGCAGAGCGGAUUGUUCCGUUGCUUCAGAUCUCUCUCCGAUCGAAGCUUUCGACAAGGAAAAUUCAAACCCUCUCUUCUCAGAGAAUCGCUGUCGAAGGAGGAGGCGAACAAGAAGACGCCAAAGAAGGAGGAGAAGAGUGAAUUUCUCGGCGUGAGAGAUAGAAAAAUGGCGGCGGGGGGAUUCGUGACCCGUGCAUUCGAGGCGAUGCUCAAGGAAUGCGCGAGCAAGAAGUAUCCCGAUCUCCAGAAAGCUAUUCAAUCGUAUCAAGAAGGUCCGAAGACUGUUACUCAAGCUGAACAGUUGGCCACAGAUGGGAGUUCACAAGUUGAAGGUGGUCCUGAAAAAAACAGGGGAGAAGGAGAUGAACCACAGGAAGAUGUUCAGAGUUCUGAAGUUGUUGAGCAGGCUGGCCAGCCAAAAAGUGGGUCCAUCAAUAUCUCCUUAGCAAGUGCAGGACACACGCUAGAUGGAGCUGAACUGGAGCUUGUUCUGAAACCUCUUCACCUUGCAUUUGAGACAAAAAAUAUAAAAAUUCUUGAUGCUGCUUUGGAUUGCAUUCAUAAACUCAUUGCAUAUGAUCAUCUAGAGGGGGAUCCUGGUCUAGAAAGUGGCAAAAACUCUGCACCUUUCACAGAUGUCCUGAACAUGGUUUGCAAUUGCUUUGAUAAUUCAUCACCAGACAGUACUUUACUUCAAGUGCUGAAGGUUCUUCUUACAGCUGUCGCUUCAGCAAAGUUCAGAGUGCAUGGCGAGCCAUUGCUGGGAGUUAUCCGAGUUUGCUAUAAUGUUGCUCUGAACAGCAAGAGCCCAAUAAACCAAGUAACUUCUAAAGCAAUGUUGACUCAGAUGAUAAGCAUUGUAUUCAGAAGAAUGGAGACGGACAUCGUUUCUGCUUCAUCCACAGUGUCUGCUCAAGAACCUGUUUCAGUUGAGAGUACAAGCUCAAAAAAUGAUGACCAAAAUGAGAAAGAAAUGACCCUAGGAGAUGCUCUCAAUCAGGCCAAAGACACAACCCUUGCUUCUGUUGAAGAACUGCAUACCCUUGUAGGCGGAGCCGACAUCAAGGGUUUAGAAGCUGUGCUUGAUAAAGCUGUGCAUCUUGAUGACGGACAGAAGAUAAAACGUGGCAUUGAGCUUGAAACCAUGAGUAUUGGACAGCGUGAUGCAUUACUAGUAUUCCGCACACUUUGCAAGAUGGGCAUGAAGGAAGAUAUCGAUGAAGUUACAACCAAGACCCGCAUAUUAUCUCUAGAGCUUCUUCAGGGUUUGCUAGAAGGAGUCAACCACUCAUUUACGAAGAACUUUCAUUUUAUUGAUUCAGUUAAAGCUUAUCUCUCGUAUGCUUUGUUGCGGGCUACAGUUUCGCAAUCUCCUGUCAUAUUUCAGUAUGCAUCUGGUAUCUUCUCAGUGCUUUUACUGCGAUUCAGAGAUAGUUUGAAAGGUGAAAUUGGUAUCUUUUUCCCCAUCAUCGCCCUGCGAUCAUUAGAUAGCACGGAAUGCCCCAUUGAGCAGAAGAUGGGCGUCCUCAGGAUGCUUGAGAAAGUCUGUAAAGACCCUCAGAUGCUUGUCGAUGUAUACGUAAACUAUGAUUGUGAUUUAGAAGCACCGAACUUGUUUGAGCGCAUGGUAACAACACUCUCAAAAAUUGCACAAGGGACCCAAAGCGCUGAUCCAAACCCAGCUAUUUCUUCACAGACAGCUUCGGUUAAAGGUUCAUCACUGCAGUGCCUCGUCAAUGUUCUUAAAUCACUGGUUGAUUGGGAGAAAUUGAGGAGAGAGAGAGAAAAUAAAACACGGCAGGCAAAUGAAGACUCUGGUCCAGCUGGGGAACCAAUUGAAGCCAAAAGCGGGGAUGAUGUCCCAAGCAAUUUCGAGAAGGCAAAGGCUCAUAAAUCCACAAUGGAGGCUGCCAUCUCUGAGUUUAACAGGAAUUCAGUGAAGGGUGUGGAAUACCUAAUAGCAAACAAGUUAGUUGAAAGGAAUCCUGCCUCAGUUGCCCAGUUUCUGAGAAAUACUUCAAGUUUGAACAAGGUCAUGAUAGGCGAUUAUCUGGGCCAACACGAUGAGUUCCCCCUUGCUGUCAUGCAUGCGUAUGUUGACUCAAUGAGUUUUUCAGGGAUGAAGUUCGAUACCGCUAUUCGUGAAUUUCUUAAAGGUUUUAGACUUCCUGGAGAGGCUCAAAAAAUUGAUCGCAUUAUGGAAAAGUUUGCAGAGCGAUAUUGUGCAGACAAUCCAGGUCUUUUCAAAAAUGCAGAUACCGCUUAUGUUCUAGCCUAUGCGGUUAUCAUGUUGAAUACAGAUGCACAUAAUCCAAUGGUCUGGCCUAAAAUGUCAAAAUCAGAUUUUAUACGUAUGAAUGCUACGAAUGAUCCUGAAGAUUGUGCGCCAACUGAACUUCUGGAAGAGAUAUAUGAUUCAAUAGUAAAAGAAGAAAUUAAACUGAAAGAUGCCGACAGUAGUAUCAAGAAAUACAACGGUCAGAGACCAGGAGAAGAAAGAGGUGGUCUUGUCGGUAUUCUUAAUUUGGCUUUGCCAAAAAGUAAAUCAGCAGCUGAUGCUAAGUCUGAGACAGAGGAUAUAGUUAGGAAAACGCAGGAAAUUUUCAGGAAGCGGGGAGUAAAAAGAGGAGUCUUUCACACUGUGGACCAGGUAGAAAUUGUAAGGCCUAUGGUAGAAGCUGUUGGGUGGCCUCUGCUAGCUGCUUUCUCUGUUACGAUGGAGGUAGGUGAUAACAAACCUAGGAUCAUUCUCUGCAUGGAGGGAUUUAAAGCUGGGAUUCAUAUAGCUUAUGUUCUUGGAAUGGAUACCAUGCGGUAUGCUUUUCUAACAUCACUUGUCAGAUUUACUUUCUUGCAUGCACCAAAAGAAAUGCGCAGCAAAAAUGUUGAAGCAUUGCGGACAUUGCUGGCUUUAUGUGAUGUAGAGCCUGAUACCCUUCAAGACACUUGGAAUGCUGUCUUAGAAUGUGUUUCUCGGCUUGAAUAUAUCAUUUCAACUCCGGGAAUUGCUGCCACAGUUAUGCAUGGAUCAAAUCAAAUCUCCAGGGAUGCUGUUGUUCAAUCAUUGAAGGAAUUAGCCGGGAAACCAUCUGAACAAGUAUUUGUUAACAGUGUUAAACUGCCAAGUGAAUCGGUAGUGGAGUUUUUUACUGCUCUAUGCGGUGUUUCUGCUGAAGAACUGAAACAAUCUCCUGCCCGUGUUUACAGCUUGCAAAAGCUUGUUGAGAUCAGCUAUUACAAUAUGGCUCGUAUUCGGAUGGUCUGGGCAAGAAUUUGGUGUGUCCUUGCUGAGCAUUUUAUUUCUGCUGGUAGCCAUCAUGACGAAAAGAUUGCAAUGUAUGCCAUAGAUUCUCUGAGACAGCUUGGUAUGAAAUAUCUGGAACGUGCUGAGCUUACCAAUUUCACUUUCCAAAAUGACAUUCUCAAGCCAUUUGUCAUUAUCAUGCGGAAUACUCGAAGUCAGACUAUAAGGAGUCUCAUUGUUGACUGCAUUGUUCAGAUGAUAAAAUCUAAAGUUGGAAGCAUUAAAUCUGGAUGGCGGAGUGUCUUUAUGAUAUUCACAGCAGCUGCAGAUGAUGAAGAUGAAUCGAUUGUUGAAAAAUCAUUUGAGAAUGUAGAGCAGGUUAUUCUGGAACACUUUGACCAGGUGAUCGGUGAUUGUUUCAUGGACUGCGUGAACUGUCUCAUCAGGUUUGCCAAUAACAAAGCUUCUCAUCGAAUAAGCUUGAAGGCUAUUGCUCUUCUGAGAAUAUGUGAGGAUCGGCUAGCAGAGGGACUUAUUCCUGGUGGUACUCUCAAGCCAAUCGAUGCCAAUGCAGAUGAAACUUUUGAUGUGACAGAACAUUACUGGUUUCCAAUGCUCGCCGGUUUAUCUGAUCUCACAUCAGAUUUAAGGCCCGAAGUUAGAAACUGUGCCCUUGAGGUGUUGUUUGAUCUGCUGAAUGAAAGAGGCAAAAAGUUCUCGACCCCGUUCUGGGAGAGCAUCUUCCAUCGCAUCUUGUUUCCAAUUUUUGAUCAUGUGAGGCAUGCUGGCAAGGAAAGUUUGAUAUCUUCUGGGGAUGUGUUAUUUCGCGAAACAAGCAUUCAUUCGCUCCAGCUCCUCUGCAAUCUUUUCAAUACAUUUUACAAGGAAGUUUGUUUUAUGCUGCCUCCCCUUUUGAGUUUGCUGUUGGACUGUGCAAAGAAAUCGGAUCAGAUGGUUGUUUCAAUUGCUUUAGGCGCAUUGGUUCAUCUUAUAGAAGUUGGAGGACACCAAUUUAGUGACAGCGCUUGGGAUAUGCUUUUGAAAAGCAUAAGAGAUGUAAUGUACACAACUCAACCACUGGAGCUGUUGAAUGCUUUGAGCUUUGACAGUACGAAAAAGAGUAUGGUCCUAACUGGAGUUUUAGAGGCCAAUGCUUCUGGUACCUCGGUUGACAGUCAUCUAGAUAAUGGAAACGUUUCCCCACAGGCUGGUCCUUUACAACCCAAGUUUGACGGUUCUGAAGGUCUUCCAUCGCCAUCUGAAAGGGCUCAAAAGGAUGCAGAAGCUGGGAAUCUCCAACGGAGUCAGACUUUCGGUCAAAGAAUCAUGGAUAAUCUCUUUCUCAGGAAUCUCUCGUCGAAACAAAAAAGCCCUGCUGCAGAUUUAUCUGUACCUUCUUCUCCUGCCAAGCUUGUGGACUCUACAGAGCCUGACGACAGAGACGAAGAGGAGAAUCCAUCACUGGGAACUAUCAGGGGCAAAUGCAUAACACAGUUAUUACUACUUGGUGUUAUUGAUAGUAUCCAGAAAAAAUACUGGAGCAGCUUGAAAGCACCACAGAAGAUUGCAAUUAUGGACAUCUUAUAUUCUUUCAUAGAAUUUGCUGCCUCUUACAAUUCAUAUUCUAACCUCAGAAUACGGAUGAAUCAGAUUCCUGGGGAGAGGCCACCUUUGAACCUUCUCCGACAAGAGCUGUCAGGAACCACCAUAUACUUGGAUGUGUUGCAAACUUCAACCUCUGGGCUUACCGAUGUUGCCACUGAUCCGGAAGAUAAACUAAGUGGUGUAGCAGAAGAAAAAUUAGUGUCAUUCUGUGAGCAGGUACUGAAAGAAACAUCUUAUCUCCAGUCCACUUUAGGGGAGACAACAACCACAGAUGUGCAUCGGGUAUUGGAACUGCGUUCUCCUGUUAUUGUCAAGGUUCUCAAAGGCAUGUGCUUCAUGAACAGCAAAGUUUUCAGAAAACAUAUGAGAGAGUUCUACCCUCUGCUCACAAAGCUCGUCUGUUGUGAACAGAUGGACAUACGAGUGGCACUUGCCGACCUUUUCAAAGCACAAUUGAAGCCGAUGUUGCAACAGUGAAUCUUUCUCGGCGAAAUCGAUACAGGUGCAGUUUUCGCCUCUCGUUCUUCAUUUGAAGAUUGGUUUCUUCGUCGGCCUACAGCAUGUUUUUGAUUAUAUAAUUAAGUUUUAGAAAAAUCUUCUGUGUCUUCAUCCUUCGUUGGCCAUGAUGACAGCCUUUCCUGGGCGUCGUAUACACUUUUUUGUUUACAGAAAUCAGUUGGAUUGAGAUUGGUUUCACUCCGUUGUGUGUGUGUGUGUGUUAAGUGAAAGCUGUAAAAGCCUACCAAUUUGUACGGUGUUUUUGGCCCUUGAAUGAGUGAGUUUGUAUUGUCUACGUCCGAAGAGAGUUACCAUAUUUAACAAUUUAUGUUUUUUGGGAUCCUCA